AUCACGCAACUUAUGGAAAAAAUCAUCCAUAUCUGCGGUCCCAAGAAUUUUCUAUCCAAGAAUCCGAUCUGAAUAAUACCUAAGACAAAUUCGAUUCAUAUAUAUAGAUACAUAGGCUCUAUCCCUUUUACUUGUACACAUGCUUCAGCCAUUUCGAACCCUUUUCCGGCAAAGCAUGGCAAACUUCAGCUCCUUGAAUUUGCUCUUCGUAGUUCUUUUCUCUAUUGCAGCUGCGGAAGGCGCUGUCGCGGCUUCGACUCCGGCGGCAGCGGUUAAAGGCGCUUAUUAUCCUUCAUGGCUCUUGAGUUCUUUGCCUCCGUCAUCCAUAGAGACGAAGCUCUUCACUCACAUCCUCUACGCUUUCCUCUCGCCGAGCAAUUCGACUUACAAGUUCGAAGUCUCGGACUCCACGGCCCCUCUGCUCUCGAACUUCACUGCCGCCCUCCGCGGUAAGGACCCGCCUGUGAAGACCCUCAUAUCUAUCGGCGGCGCGAGCGAUGGCCCGACUCUCUUCGCCACCAUUGCCGCGAGCGCUUUGACACGGGAGCUCUUCAUAGACUCCUCCAUCGAGGUCGCGAGGAAGUACGGUUUUGACGGGCUUGAUCUCGACUGGGAAAUGCCCGAGAACCCGAAACAGAUGGCGGACUUGGGUUUGCUGUUCCAAGAGUGGCGAAGCGCAAUGAAGAGGGAGGCCAAGGCCACAGGUCGGCCCCCGCUGCUUCUCACGGCCGCCGUGUACUUUGCCGUGGACUUCUUCCUCUCGGGAACGUACCGCAUGUACCCUGUGGCUUCAAUUAACGAGAACUUGGACUGGAUCAACGUGAUGUGCUACGACUAUCACGGCUCGUGGGACACUUCGGCCACGGGGGCCCAAGCCGCAUUCUUCGACCCGAAUAGCAACAUAAGCUCGAGCUAUGGGCUCGGGUCAUGGAUCCGGGCCGGGUUGCAGAGGAAGAAGGUGGUCAUGGGCUUGCCACUUUACGGAAGGACUUGGAAGCUCAGGGAUCCGAAUGUUCACGGCAUCGGGGCGCCGGCCGUCGGGCUCGGCCCGGGAGACGACGGCGUGCUUACCUAUUCUCAAGUGCAAACGUUCAACAAGGAGAACAACGCCACCGUGAAGUACGACACGACCACCGUGUCAACCUACUCUUUUCAGGGGACGUCGUGGGUGGGAUACGACGAUGUUGUCUCGACGGCCGUUAAGGUUCGGCUCGCUCGGGCUCUUGGGCUAAGGGGGUACUUCUUCUGGGCUCUCAGUUAUGACAAAGAAUGGAGGAUAUCAACCCAAGCUUAUAGAGCCUGGACCUAUGGAAAAUGAAUUGGACAUUGAAAGACUGUGUGGGGGCCUCACCGGAGCUUUGGAGAUUUUAAUGUCUAGUGGGAGCUCAACAUACGACAGAACCUCCCUAUCAUAAUGCGUAUAGAAUCACUAGUUAAGUCUUAGGUAAUGUUUUUUUUUUGGUCGAAAAUUAGGUAAUGUUGAUUAUGUCUAUUUAAAUCCUUAUUGUAACACUAGUGGAUAGAGAGGAUGAAAUAAAAUUGAUUUGAAGAUCAUUCUGAGGUCA